CACCCGCUUGGAACUUCAUCAAAAUUUGGUGCUGGUCUGUUUUUAUUGGUUCAAGUGAUUAUAUUACUUGACUUUACACACACGUGGAAUGAUGCCUGGGUUGUAAAAGAUGAACAGAAAUGGUACAUUGCUUUACUUGUUGUAUCAGUCGGUUGCUAUCUCGCGGCAUUUGUAUUCUCCGGCAUUUUGUUUAUAUGGUUCAACCCUUCUGGUCAUGACUGCGGCUUGAACGUCUUCUUUACUGUCAUGACAAUGAUUCUGGCAUUUUCAUUUGGAAUUAUAGCUCUGCAUCCACGGGUGAAUGGCAGUCUUUUGCCUGCUUCAGUGAUAUCAGUUUACUGUGCUUAUUUGUGCUACACGGGUCUCUCCGGUGAACCUAGAGAUUAUGCAUGCAACGAUCACCAUUAUAAAUCCUCAGCUGUUUCUACAAGUACUCUUAUUACCGAGAGCCCAGAUCUCAUAGAUGUUGGCUGGACAUUAGUCUGGGUUCGAAUCUGCACCGAGUGGGUCACUGCUGGACUCUAUAUUUGGACCCUCGUGGCACCUUUGAUUCUCCCUGACCGCGAGUUCUUCUAAGCUUCAUCUAGAAUGCCUAGCAAUUCAAAAAGCCAUUAUCAUCUGAAUAGCUGAGUAAAUAGGUAUAUGUA